UUACUUAAUACUGUCAUGCAGUAAAACAAAACUAACUGGCAGAGCAAAACUUUUACAGAUUUCUGCAUUUAACUACAACUACAUGUUAAAGCGUCCUUGUUGCUGCAAACCAAAAUCAAAUAAGAUAAAUGAGGAGAGUUUUUCAAGAGGAGGUGCUCACACUUCCUUAGUAAUUUAAAUUUCUUACAGUGAUGUGGAACAUCUGACUCCUUGGUUUCUGACACUGAAGCAAGAUAAAAUUCGAAGUAGACUAUUCUGUAUGGAUGCAAACCUCUAAGACCAGUGGGAGAGAAGGAGAUAUGUUUGAUACUCUUGGACCCAUUUGUAUGAUUUUGUGGUACAUGAUGCUAUUUCAUCCCUUGCAUGCUGACAUCCAGUGUAUGGAGUCAGAUGCACAGGAAUCACCUAUUACAAAUGUGAAUGUGGACUGGAGGAAAAUGGAACUGUCCUGGGAGAGCAGCAGGAAUUUCUCUGAGUACAAAUGUAUCAUCAUGGACAGAGACAUGGAAUAUAUAGACACAGAGGUGGAUAGUCCACUAUGCAGCUUUCCAGCAGAACUACACAUGCCUCGGCACAAAGGGGUAACCUUUAUCAUUGAAGUGCCAAACACAAACAUCUCAAAACAAUGCAACUUUCUCCCUGGAGGCAUGAAUGGGUCAGCCAUUGAAAACUUCUCCUGUGUGAUUUAUAACAUCUUCCUCAUGAACUGCACUUGGCAGGCAGGGGGGGAUGCUCCAGCAGACACACAGUAUUUUCUCUACUGGCAGAAGUCAAGCGAUGAAGAGGAGAGGGAAUGUGAGCUUUACAUUAAAGAUGAAAAUUGCAGAAAUAUGGGAUGUAUCUUCCAAAAUGUGAGCAUAGGGAUUGAAAAAGCUUACUUCCUGGUGAAUGGGUCUAGCAAAGACUCCCUAAUCCAGUUCUAUGAUGAGUACAUUGACCUAUAUAAAAUUGAAAUACUCACUGCUCCAUUAAAUGUCACUGCCCAUUGUACCAGAGAUCCAACAGGUUGCAUAAUUACGUGGCAUCCACCCCUUACAAGUCAUGUGGAAAAUACAAAGUGUUUUCAGUAUGAAAUUAGCAUACAAAAUAAGGAUGAGCCCAAAGAAGAGAAAAAGCUUCCUCGUGUAAGGAAUGACAGAUAUGAAUUUCAAAAUUACAAUGAGAAAAAAAUAUACACUCUGAAAAUCAGAGCACGUGGAAAAAACUGUCUUGUAAGCUCAAAUUGGGGGGAAUGGAGUGAACCCAUUGAGUUUGGUCAAGGGAAAGAUUACUUUAUUUUUGUGAUUUUAUUUCUGAUUGCACUUGGAACAAUCUCAAUUACACUUCUCCUGUAUUGUCUUUUUAAAAGGUACUGCAGUUUCAAGAACAUAUUUCCUCCCAUACCACAACCAAGAGACAAAUUCAAUGCAUUAAGUGAUGAAGAUAUCCAGACAGAGUAUGUAAAUCUGCCAACAAAAUGUCAUACUGAGGAAAUGACUACAAUUGAAGAAUGAUCCAACUUUCCAAAAAAACACCUGAUUCCCCAACAUGAAAGAAAAUUAUGGAUCCUGCUGACAAGUACUUCAAACCAGCCUAUAAAAGAAUAUAAUCAUCUAUAAAACUGUUUGUCCCCUUAAAAUCCACUUAAAUGGAGCAGAUGAAAAAAGGGGAGAGAAAUCAGUGAAAUUUGUUUUUUCCUUUGUUCAAACACACAAUUCCUGGCAACUAAGCUUUUCUGCAAAGACCUACUUGAAGAAGUGCUUAAACCUUGCUAAGAGGUUCUUCAAAAAAGAGACAAGCCCUCUUAACCAGAAUAAAGCUGUUACUUCUUCUUGUCAUUGCUAUGAAGCUUUUUUCCUCUCAUUAUAAUGAUUUCCUGUAGCCCAACAGGCUUGCUGUAUUAUGCCACAGUAACUUUACUGUAAUUUUUAUAUGUCCAGUUAUUUUCUAAAGCAUAAACCAACUAUUUAGAAUGUGUUUAAAUUGCUCUUUGAUCUUCCAACCAGUAACACCAAACUACCCCAAUACAUGCAAUUAACUUUAUGCAAGGCAAGAACAGAAAAUAAAAUUAUACUUGUCAAUUUUAACUAUUAAUACUGGUCUGUCAGCUAUUUCAUGAGCUCAGUACUGCAACUGUAAAUAAACCUCUGCAACACUA